AUGUCGUACCUGGAUAGCGAUGAGGAGGUAUCUCCAGAGAUGCUUCAGCAGUACAAGAAGGCCAUCGAAUGGGCGAGCAAAGCCGACCUGGCAGAAUUCGACCGCACUGGGCUGAUUCGAUCUUUGGGCAAAAACGUCAACAGUGAGGAAGUCUUGCUCAUCACGCUCUGCUUCCUCACAGGCGCCCCAGAGGAGCUCGAGAAGGCAAUGUACUACUGCCUCGCGAAGCUGCAGGCGAUGGAGAGCCAGCCGUUUGUCGUUAUCGUCGCACUGACACUCACCAACUGGCUUAACGAUGCCUCUACCUUCAUCAAAAACUGCUAUCUGGCCAUGCCGCGCGCGGUCAAGAAGAACUUGAAACAGAUUUACCUGCUCCACUGGACGCUUGCGAAGAAAAUGGUCAUGGGCGCCAUGUCCACUGUUGUGUCAAAGAAGUUCUACGACAAAGUCGUCUAUGUCGACCAGCUUUCUGAUGUCCUCAGCACACUCAAAAUGCCGCCUACAGAGGCACUCACGCGAUUCCCUUACGUCGUUCAGCACGAAGAAGAAGAGCGCAUUUCCCCGGGUGGCGCACUGGUCAUUUACGGCAGCCCUGUGGCGACCCUGUGUGCGCGGAUUCCAACGGACGCCAUCGCACCAUACACGCGGCUGCCGUCGAUCUACGUCGACUUUGUUGAGCACCUCACGUCGCGCGACGUCAUUUCCACCAAAGACCUCCUGUGCCUCCAAGCGGACUGCGCGUCGCUCUACGCGUUCGUCGGCGACAUCGACCAGGGCAACCCCUUCGUGGAGUGGGGCAACAUUCCAGCCCUUGUCAGCGGCUUCAGGCUUCUGUUCGACUGCAUGCCCGUCCCUUUCCUCGGCGACAAAGCCUACAGCGCCUUCUGCGCUCUCGCCAGGGGUGCGACGAAGCCAGACAAGUCGGCACUUUUGACGACGCUGACGCAGGUUUUCUGUACACUAUCGCUGGGAGAGCAAGAAACCUUUUCAUACAUCAUCAAGGCGUUCAAGACGAUUUCCAACGAAGCCUCGCUCAAUGGCAUGACUCCAACGAAGAUCGCCGAGAUCUUUGGUCCGUCCUUCUGUCGCCCGCCUGGCAAGCCCGACUCCCAGAUCCCCAUCGUCGGUCACUUGGUGGUGGAGGCGCUUGCGCUAGGCAUCCAAGACCCUGGCCAGUUCACACCCAAUCUGAAGCCGGCUGCAGGGAUUCCGGGGGGCACCGCCGCUGCAGGGAAGGGCCCUGCGAAGAAGCGCGUAAGUGACAGUUCGUCGUCGGAGUCCUCGUCUGAAGAAGAGUCGUCUUCUGAGUCUGAAGACGACGAUGCCAAACCGAACAACGCGACGGCCGUCGCCGCGCCCGGCGCAGCAGCUGUCCCAGCUGCCUCGUCUUCGGCUGCGGCUGCGGCAAAAAUAGCGCCAACACCGGCUCCAGCUGCAAAGGCGGCACUCAAUCGCCAAGUAUCACAAAAAAGGCCUAGCAGCUCCUCAGGCAGCGAAGAGAGCUCGGAGGAGGAAGACAGCUCGGACGAUGAUGACGAUGACGAUGACGAUGACCAUGACGGCGAGUAA